AGUCUAUCGCGAGCCGCACGAGACCAUAAUAUAUCGGAGGUAGCAACGCACUGUUGAACGCGGUGCUUCUAGCUGUUCCCCAUGGGCGCAGGCGCGUCCGCGGGCAGCAAUGGGCAGCUCCUGCCGCCCAACAAGAACCCCGCAGCCAUCCCAAUUUUCACUGGGCUGAAGGCGCUACAAGCUAAACUUGUUGAGGAGGGCUCGUGGACGGAAGGCGACCGCGAGGAGAUCGAAGGUUUGCUAGCAAAGGCUAGAAUUUUCUACGACAGUCAGAUCGAGGGUGCCAAGCGCGUGCAGCCGCAACUCGAGGCGAAGCUGGCGCAGGCGAAGGAUGACUUCUGCGCGAUGUACGGCAUGGUCUUCAAGAUGGUCCAGCAGGAUGCGGCCUAUUCGCGGGCGAUGGAGGCCGCCGACCGCCUCGAGGCGGCCAUCGCUGAGCGCGGGCCUCGGACGCGCCAGGUCGUGAACCAAAUCGACGUGCUAUACGAGACGUCGGCACUCAAGCAGAAACCACCGUUCGACGAAAUGGUCCAUCGCCUCGGCGAGGACACGAAGGCAAUCGAUAUCAAGGUCGCGCCACUGAAGAGCUUGGAGCGCGCGUUCGAAAAAACGGCGAUGAAGAAGGCAGACGAUAAUCGCUUCGACUCAGACCGGCUGCUUGACUUGGUCCGGGGCAUGCUCGUCUUCCAGACGAUGGAGGGCGUCGCGGCCGCGCUCGAGGCGCUCGAGAACUCCAAAGAGUUUGGGUGGACGGUGGUCCGGAUCAAGAACCGCAUGCGCAAACCUACGGGCGGCGGCUGGGCGGACGUCCUGCUCAACCUCACAAAAAACGACGACAAUCAUAAGUUCAUCUGCGAGCUGCAGCUCGUCCACAAGAAGAUGCUGGUCACGCGCGAGGAGCUCGGCGGCCACGACGCCUACGACGACUUCCGGACCGCCGGAGAGUUCCUCGAGCUCGUGCAGGAAAAGACCGAAGCGGGCGUGGCCGCGGACCUCGAGCGACAGCUCGCCGAGGCCAGGAAGAAUCGCGACGGGAAGAAGUGCAAAGAGCUCAAGGGGCUCAUCGAAAAAGUCAAAGCCUUGGACGCAGAAAUAAAAAGGCUCACCGCCGCGGAAACUGCUGCCUUCGACGACGACGACUUCGACGAGGGCGAUAGGCUUCACGGCGAGCUCGAAGCCCGAAAGGCCGAACUAGUGGAGUUGACCGCCAAGGCGGCCGGCGGGGACGCCGUCGACGCGCCAGUGGUGGAGAAGGUGAGCGUCAAGGCCAAGCCAUCGGCCCAAACACAGUUUGAUGGCGGAUGGCAGACGAGCGCCGGCACGUAUAAAAUUUUCGCGAGCGGCGGUACGAUCACGGCCGAGGGAAACCCCCAGCCAUGGUACCCUGGCACCUAUGAGUGCUGGGGCCCUGCGGUCAAAGCGACGUGGAAGCAUGGCGCAGUAUCCAAUGGCACGAUUGCGACCGAUGGGACGAUCAGUUGGACUGGGGCUACCUCCAGCACCUGGAAGCGCUCAGAUGCGAGCGCCCAUUUCUCCGGCGUGAACACCGAGACCUCGCAGGACUCCAAGGAGGCAAAGUCGCCGGCGGCGUGGUACUCGGAGGGCCUGGCGCUGGGAAGGAACGGGGAGAAGAAGUGGCCCGAGGCCAUCAAAGCGUUUCAGAACUGCGUCGCGCUGGACGCGAACCAUAGCAAGGCGUGGUUCUGGCUCGGGCAAUCGUACUACUUGCAGAACGGGUCGAAAAACUGCGAGGCCUCGUACGAGCCGUACACGCGGUGCAUCGCGCUCGACCCGAAGAACGCGCUGGCGCACGGCAACCUCGGCAGCGUGUUGCAGUACGCGCGCAAGGACUACGACGGUGCAGAGAGGCAUUACAGGAAGGCGAUCGAGCUCGAGCCGAAGGCGUAUGCGUGCUGGAACUUGAGUCUUAUCCUCGAAAACCAGAAGAACGACAUCCCCGGCGCCAUCAAGCUCGUGGAAGAGUGCGUCCGCCUCGGCCGGGCGAAUUGCGAGCAGCGCCUCGCAAAACUCCGAGCCAAACUAUGAAAUAAGACUAAUGUGAAUUU